UCUCUCUCUCCUCUUUCCAAACCCAUUUGCAGAAGACCAUUGGCAUUGCUUAAAGCACAGUGGUGUUUGUGAGUGAUGAGAGGGUGACACAGCACAUGGAAGAAGCAGAGAAGGAGUUAGAGAGGAGAAGUAAGUUUCUGAGCAGUUUGAUAGAGAAGAAGAAAGCCAUUGAACAAAAUGAUGAGAGCUUCAACGUUCAUGUCAGAGCUUGUGACAUGCCUCUCCCUUUGCAGAACCGUGCUUUCCAUUGUGCACGUGUCCACCUUCACUCUAUGCCACCUGGCACCAAGGUUGACAGUAAACGCCUUGCACUUGCCCUUAAGAAGGAAUUUGAUUCUACUUAUGGUCCAGCUUGGCACUGCAUUGUGGGCACUAGCUUUGGUUCCUAUGUCACACAUUCUCAUGGUGGAUUUUUGUACUUUUCCAUCGAUAAGGUUUAUAUCCUUCUUUUCAAGACAGCAGUUGAACCAUUGGACCAUUGAUAACUUCCACAACUAUGAGCUAUGCCCCCUUGGAAAAAUAAAUUUUA